AUUAAUGACAUAUGUGUCUAUGAUAGCCUGUCUUGUUGUUUGUUUGGUUUCUUUGAUUGAUAAUUUUCUAUUAUUUCCCGCCGUUUUAUUUUAUUCUAAUAACCGUAGUUGACUUGUUUGUGCAAUAUCAAAUAAUAAUAAUAAAUCGGAGCAAUAUGGGUAAGAAAACAACAGCUUCUGCAAAUAAAAGUAAAGAAAAGCGGCAGGCAAGGAAAGUGGAACAGCGGCGCAUAGCUGAUGGAAUGUCUUAUGUGAACUCUGCCAACAAGUUACAGGACCUGUCGUCGUUUUGCAAAGAGUUGCUGGUGUACAAAGGCAAUGACCUUGAAGUCGAUAUGUACAUUCAGAGGGCCUCACAACUGGAAAAACCCAUUUUAGAAUGGGCUAUAGACCUUACUGAACGGAAUAUGAAGAAAUUAUAUGAGACUUGUGCAUGGGGUUGGAACAAAGAACGGAAAGUGGAAGAGAUGACAGACGACUUAGCAUGGUACCUCAUAGCUAAAGACAAAAAUGGCACUCCACUAGCAUUUUCACAUUUCCGAUUUGACAUGGACUUUGGAGAACCAGUUCUCUAUUGUUACGAAGUGCAAGUGGAAGCUGGCGGGCGCCGGCGCGGUCUCGGUCAGCGCGUUCUCCGCGUGCUGGAGAAGCUCGCGCAGUCCACGCGCAUGCGCUUCGUGCGCCUCACCGCGCUCACGCACAACGCCGGCGCGGCCGCCUUCUUCAGGGCAUGCGGGUACAGUCUAGAUGAGACAAGCCCUGCCUUAGAAGACGCGGCCCAUUACGAGAUUCUCAGUAAAGCGACGGUGCCAGAAGACGGCAAUGACGCACUCAGUGACAGUAUGAAAGCAGUCAACGUAAACCCGGCGCAGUCAUAGUAUUCACAGUAGAAUAGUGACGUCACGAAUAAUUAUUAUAAAAGAUAGGGUGGGUAUGACAGGAAUAGUACAAUUAGAGGUUUUAAAUAAAACCGCAAAAUGGCAAUGACGCACUUUGUGACAGUAUAAAAGUAGUCAACGUCAACCCGGCGCAUUCACAGUUAGAUAAUGACGUCACGAUAUAUAAUUAUAAAAGUUAGAGUAAAACCGCAGGAUUGGCACAAUUUUUUUCAGUGAAGCUGCUUUGCCAGAAGUUAUUAUAAAAUGAAAGUACAUUAUAAACAGUAAUUCCUUUCAUAAGUGGGGCACGUGAGCCGGAACGGUUUCUUGACAGGAAUCGUUCGGCCUGUGUAAACUCCAACGAUGAUGUCACACUAAUAAUAAGACGCAGUACAAUAGGGUGGCAUAAUAAUAUGAACUUUUAUCUAUCUACAGUGGGUUGCCAAAUUAAUAGGGACAGUCGAAAAAUAUUGUUUUUUUACACUUUAUUGGUCCAUAACUAAUUAAAAACGUUGUUUUGAGUUAUAAUUAUAUUUAAUAAUAUUAGACACACAUCUUACAAGUAGUUUAAACAAAAAAAUAACAGUCUUUGGGUAAUUAGAAAAUAUUAGCAGGUAUUACGAAAAUGGCAAUGAGAUAUAGCUAAUAUUUUGUCACAUUUCCUUUAGCCUGAAUGAGUGCUUCGAUCCGCCUCGGCAUACUUUCUAUGCACUGUUUGGCACUUUCCUUUAUUUUAGGGUUGUGGUGCCACACAUUUAUUAAUUUUUCGAUCAGUUUUACCUUGGUGGUUAUCACUUCCUUGGCAAUUU